UCAGUGGAAGCCGACGAAGUCAUAAACAAGUGCUCCAACGGAAGGUUCCUCGUAGCUGCAUUUCCACUCGCGCACUCGCUCCCGGUCAGUCUUCGUCGCGGUCCCGCAUCGCUCUCUCCUCCCACGCUGCCCGUCCUCCGCAUCUUCCUCCUCCGGGCCGUUGCCGCCGCCGUCCGCCACGCAGCUGAGCAGUCUCUGCAGGUCCGUCGUUCUCGGCUGCGCCGCGACGAAGAAUGGACAGGCUCGACGGUUCUGCCCGUCUUAUGAUCGUUUCGGAUCUUGACCAGACGAUGGUCGAUCACCAUGAUCCGGAGAACUUGGCCUUGCUUCGCUUCCAGGCGCUCUGGGAGUCGGAGUACUCCCAGGAUUCUCUGCUGGUGUUCUCCACCGGAAGAACACCGGUCAGUUACAGGGGUCUGAGGAAGAUAAAGCCUUUGCUCACUCCGGACAUCACCAUCAUGUCGGUGGGCACCGUGAUAGCGUAUGGUGAGGAGAUGACUCCUGAUGUUGGCUGGGAGGAAUUGCUGAAUAACAGGUGGGAUAAGGAUAUUGUUGUUCAGGAGACAGCUAAGUUCCCUCAGCUAAAACCUCAGGCAUAGAGGAAUCAAGGUCCUCACAAGGUCAGCUUUUUUGUUGACAAGCAGGGUGCUCAGGAAGUGAUUAAUUCUCUUCCCCAGAAACUGCAGGAAUGUGGGCUAGAUGUGAAGAUAAUCUAUAGUAGCGGGGAGGCCCUAGAUGUAUUGCCACGAGGUGCGGGGAAAGGGCAGGCUCUUGUAUAUUUACUUGAGAAGUUCAAUUUGUGUGGGAAACCACCAAGCAAUGUUCUUGUGUGUGGUGACUCUGGAAAUGAUGCGGAUUUAUUCAGCGUUCCAUCUGCCUAUGGUGUCAUGGUCAGCAAUGCCCAAGAGGAGCUUCUUCAGUGGUAUGAAGAUAAAGGAAGGGAUAACUUUAAGAUGAUUCAUUCAACUGAGAGAUGCGCUUCUGGUAUCAUGCAAGCUAUUGCACACUUCAAACUAGGACCUAGUGUGUCUGUAAGAGAUCUUGAAUUCCCAUACCUGAAGGUAGACACCAUCAAGCCUGCGGAUAUAGUGGUGAAGUUUUAUGUUCUCUAUGAGAAGUGGCGGAGGGGCGAGGUUCAGAAUUCUCCAUCAGUUAUGCAGUACUUGAAAAGCAUUACUCAUCAAAAUGGCACACUGAUACAACCUUGUGGAACUGAGCGGUCACUUCAUGCAUGCAUUGAUGCACUGAGUUCAUGCUAUGGUGACCAACAAGGAAAAAAGUUCCGAGCAUGGGUGGACCGCCUUGUUUCAUCACCGAUUGGUACAAGUAACUGGUUGGUGAGGUUUGACAAUUGGGAGAUGGAAGGUGAUGCGCAAUAUUGCUGUCGGACAACUCUUCUGGUGAAUAUGAAGCCCAAGACUCCAGAGGGCUUGGAACUGACACACAUCCACAAGACUUGGCUUGAAGGAUAUUCUGCAGGGAGUGACCAUGCGUUCAUCUUAUAGAUCAUCUAACCACUUGCAGUAUAUGCACCACUUGCAGUAUAUGCACGGGAUCUCUGAAAGUCAAGAUAGAAUGACAAAUGUACUGGUACUUGUGUAAGUGGACCUCACGGCUGAUUCGAACUACUGUACCGUUGUGGUGCUCCCAGAGAGGGCCUAUCCUCAUAUCGAUUUCGUGUGCAACAAAGAAUUGUUCAACGAUUCUAUCUCAUGAAGUUGUGAAGAGAUACCUAAAUUAGGGGAAUCAUCUCAUUGCACUAGAAUGUUGUAGUUACACAGAAUCAUUUGGCGAUGUACUUGAUGCUCGCGAGCUGGUGCAAGUGGGCACCAAUCCUUGCCCGGGACA